UUUAACACAAAUACACCAGUUUUAUUGAGAAAAGUUCAUUUCAGAGCAGAUGAACUGAGGACGACAACUACUGAAGUUGCAUAUACAGAAAAUGUCAAACAAAUAUAAAACUGCACAAAAACUAGCCUUUUUUAAAUGAAAGACGUCAAACUUCAGAUGCGAUCCAGACAGAACAUGUCUGUGUCCCACUUUUGGGGUCGGGACCCACCAGUUGAGAAGCACUGAUAUAAACUGUAAAACAUGGAAGCUAUUUAUUUACAACAGAGGUUAUAUGCUAUCUAAAGAUAUAAGCUACUAAUUUUGGCUUAUUGCACUUGAAAUAACAUGUGCUCUAUGGUGCAUCAGUAUGGUUAUAAUCGUAAGUGUGUAUUGUAGCAAUUCCAUAUGUUUUGCAAUGUGAUUUUAUGACAUUAAAAUUCAACGUAAUGUAAAUGUCAAGGUCCAACAAUAGACAGGAUAGAAAUACCACAGAGUAAACUCCAAAUAACAUUUUAAAACAUCUCAGGUAUAAAUAAAGAUAUUGAAUAUAUAAAAUACAUGUUUGUAAUCAAAAAAGCAAGAUAAGAAAAGUAAGUUCACGGUGAAAUCAUCAGAUAGAGAAAAAUCAGAUCAGAUAAAUAAAAAUAUUUAAUGUAUAAACAUUCUGUUUGUAAUCAUUCAGAAAAGAAAAAUAAGUUCAAAUGCUCAGAUAAAGAAAGAAUGAUGCAUAAUAUUCUCUGUAAUAUCAGCUCCAGUUAGUAGCUCCUAUCAGCAUCUCUCCUCCAAAUUUGGAUGAGAUGAGAUGUUUUUUAUUGGAUGAGAGAGAGCAGGCUGUGGUGUCAGGUGAUGCGGUGGCAGCCACUACUCUCUCUAUUUUCUCUCUGGAUGGAGAAAUCGCUGCUAUCUCAACCCGGAUGAGCUCUGCUACAACUAUCUCUAAUUUUGCCCAGUGCGCAGCGCUGUAGGCAGAGCAAGGAGGCGGAAAUAUUUCAGUACCCUUGAAGCGGACAGCUCUCCCCGGAUCCGCACGCGUCCGACCACCAGGGCUCUGCAACCCCAGUCUGGAGGGUGAGGCACGAGGAUCAUAAUUCAUACCCAAGCUCGGGGAGGGUUUGCCCGCCACGUUAAGGACGAUCACCGAAGAUCGUGACCACUCACUCAGUCAAACCGUAGUGGUUGGGUGAGACAGAGGGAGUAACAGAGGGGAGCAGAGCAGCAUCACUACAGAGAGAGAUGGCGGAGUGCGGGCGGAAGGCGCUGUCUCUCCUGGAAGCGGCCCGCUCCCGGUACGAGAGCCUGCAGAUAUCCGACGAUGUAUUCGGAGAGUCCGCGGAUGACAGCAGCGACAAUCCCUUCUACAGCACCUCCGGAGACUCCGACUCCGAUAACUACAUAGCAGAGACAGGCGAGGAGCAUGAGCACCAUCAGCACCACCACCACCAUCACCACCACCAAAAACGAGGCGACAAGGAGAGCGGGCACAGCGGGAGCAGCGGGGCCGGUCCCCCGGGCUCGCUGUCCCGGAGUCAGGCGGAGGAGGAGGGCUGGACGGAGACUCUGCAGGAUGUCACGGUGCCGCCGUACAAAGAGACAUACGGUGAGACAUGAUGCACGCCACGGAAUGAAAGAGGUCAUUUGUGCAGCAGGGAAGAAUCGGGGUAGUGUGAGGUGAUAGGAUGGAGACAUAGUGCAGUACAGUGCUUCCCUGGUUCUCAGUAAUACAAUACAUUUAUUUCCAUUUGCAUUUCAAUAUGUGAGUCUGUGUGUCCAUGCAUCCCCAGAGUGGAGCAUGACAGUGCAUCGUUAAUUGCUGUACCAAGUUAAUUGCAAACGCUCAGCCUUUGAUACUUCACCCCCUUGAUGCUCUGGUACACACUCUCCCGUGGGUGGGUGUGUGUUCACGUCGCAGGGCAGAGCAGGGGGACGUGCUCCUGUUUAAUUUAGAGAAGCAGCAUGCAGUCUCCUCUGGUUCCACACACAUGUAUCACAGAAUACAAGCACUGAUGCAUGCUGGCCUUUGUCCUUCUCAACUUGAGACCCAAGCUCAAGACACUCUGAUUUUAAUGUGACACUUCUCCAUGAAUUCAUGUGAAUAUAUGUGUGCAGACAAAGGAGAGAUGAGUGUGUGAAUCAUGACAGCUUAAAAGCACAAACAAUGCUCUGUCUGUCCAAGAGAGACAUGCCCACAAUCAUUAUCUCACAGAUUGUUCUCGUGCUUCUUCCAGCCCUUUGUUUGUCAAAUGUGCAUCUACAGUACUGUCUCUGCAGAACGCUGCUAUUAUUAUUGCUUAUUUAUCAUUAAGUAAUACAAAAAGGAGUCAUGAGCAUGUUUUGGAUGGAUGCAGUCUCCUCUCUUAUCUCUUCUGCCUCUCCUUCAAGCUGGGAGGUAGAAAUGCCAUUCAGCAUCUACUGUUACAUGUUAGACUGCAGCAUCUUUGGAGGUGAACCUUAGUCUGCUGCUCAGAAGCAAAGACUGGAGUGUUAUGUGUAGAAUAUCAUCUAUGGGCAGAGGUUAACCAGGUGAGAGACAACCAGAUUUUGUGUAGGAAGCUUGCCUCUUGUUUCUGUCUCUUGUGUGAGAAGUAUUAUUCACUGGAGCUGCAGAGGACACAGGCAGGAAAACGAGACAACACCUUUAGUUAAUGAAAUCCACAACCCAUCUGCUAUUGUCUGAGGAUGACUGGGCAAACUAUCAAUCACUAUGAACACAAAUGCAUUCAAAUACACCCAACAAAUCAGCUUUUGACAUGUCUUAAUUCUGAGUUGGAUUGUAAACAAUGACCAGCAGAUUGACAACACCACCCUUCAUUCCUAAAUAACCCCAAAACACAAAGUGAUAUAGAGGUCUAGAAAAACUGGCUUCAUCAGCGGCAAUAUCAUCAAUACACAGUAGACAGUUGGUUCAAAAACAUUAACAAUGACAUUUUUUUUCCAAAUAAAAGACCAGAGAUGAUCUUCAAUUAAAAGUUUUAACUUGAAGCUUCAUGUGCGAUAUAGAGCCCAUUGAAGGCUGAUGGCAUUGGCUCAUCAUGGAAAGCAGGAUUAGUGAGCAGGACAUCCACCAAAACCUGGACUGACUCGAUUUGAUCUUGUUUGUUGAUUUUGGGAUGGCAGUAGCUCAGGAGGUAGAGCGAUCGUCCAAUAAUCGUAAGGUUUCGUGGUUCGAUUCUCCCCUAUCCCUAGUCUGUCCGUUGUGUCCUUGGGUAAGACACUUAACCCACCUUGCUCCCAGUGUGUGUCCUCCACUGGUGUAUGAUUGUGAGUGUUGUAUGGUGGUGGUCAGAGAGGCCGUAGGCGCAAACUGGUAGCCAGGUUUCUGUCAGUCUUCUCCAGGGCAGCUGUGACUACUAAGGUAGUCUACCACCACCAAGGUGUGACUGUGUGAGUGCGUGAGUGAUGUAUCCAAUAUAAAGCGCUUUGAGGGUCUCUGAUGAAGCACUAUAUGAAAUCUGAUGCAUCAUCAUCGUCAUCAUUGUUCAUCUUCUGUAUCUGAGUGAUUUCCAAUGAAACUUAAAGCACCUGCGAGGAGUUUUUGGACAUUAAUGAAAAAGUCAAAAAUUGAACUAAAUACCCUUUUUUGAUACUCAAAAGCAAACACAAUUGUCACCACUUUGGUUUUGUAAUUUUCAAUGCUUGACAUUGGUGUGAGGGGUCUGUUUUUACAUUUCCCACUAAAGUAGUCACAAUAACUUCUAUAUUUGACUCUAAAAGUCAGCAGGAUGAGAUUUCUGUGAAAGACACUAUUUAAGCAUGUAGCACUUUUACUCCUCGGCUUUUGACCCAGCAUGAGACACCAUUUGUUUUAUUGCUUUAUGUUUUAUAACAACUAUUUAUUCUUGUUUUAUGUUAUUAUGUACGGCACUUUUUGUCAGCUUUGGUAGUUUUUAAAGUGCUCUAUAAAUAAAGUUGAGUUAAGUUGAGAGUUGAGCAGAGGACAAGAUAAGCAAAGACUGCUUUGUCCACAAGGGGGCACCACAACGAAUACAGACAGAAAGUUUCCCACAGGAGCUUUAACUUCAGUAAUCCUUUUGAGAUACAACCCAGAUAUGGGUUGUAACUAUUUUAUCCAUCCAAAAUAAUGUGAACCAGAUCGUGCGAUGAUGGUGCACUAUAAGAAGCAGUUUGGUGAGAGUAGAUUUACAGGAUGCUUUACACUGCCAUUCAUAUCCUUCCAUCCUUUUCUCUACCAGCUUGUUUUUUGCUCUGUUGACUUAAGCCGGAGAGCCAGCAGGUGUGUGUCUAUCUGCUUUGUACAGUCUGGUCUGUUUUUUUUUUUUUUCUUUUCCACAAGAUACAGUUAGCGUCUGUUUGCUCAAGCUCAGACGGUGUGGGUGUGUCCCGCCAUCCUGCUCCAGGGUUGUGAUGAUUAAGAGCUGCCUGACUGGAUGGACUCCGAACAGCCAGGGAGCGUAAUCACACUUUAAAGCUUGGAGAGCGAUCUCUGAUUUAAUCGGCCUUAAGAGUGAAGAGUGAAACAUCCUGAGCAAUAGCAUAUCUACAUAACCGUGUCUUUCCACUGCUUUUAAAUGGCCAGAGAUGAGAGGCUGCUUAAGCUUGAUGAGGUUUCCACUAAGUUGAUCCACAGUGGAAAUAUCUUCUGUGGUAUUUUUGUCCUGCAGCUCCAGGAUUUCUCUCAGUCUAGCUCUCUGCCAACCUGCCUGGCUGUCUUUUUGUCACCUGUCUGUCGACUUCUCCAUCCACUUCUCUGCCCCUCUAUGUGUCUUACUUUUCAGCAGUGACAGUGCUGACACAGACCCAGUGUUGAAGUGACAGCUCCCAUCCUAGGAGACUGUGCAGCCCGUACAUAAAUCAUCAGCCUCCGUCAGAAAGCAUCGAGUCAACCCUGUGCAAACUGCCCCCUAUUCGAACUAGGUUAUGUUUUAGGUGUGUGUACAGUCACAGCAGAGACUACUCCAUUUUUUUCUCACAGGAGCAGAGCCUUGAAAACACGUUGGCUUGCAGAAAAAUGUGAUUUACUUGUUUAGCACGAGUUCAGAGGUGAAGUGAGACUGUUUACCCUGCAGGGCAGUCAGAGGUAAAGGACCGGGGCAAGGAUUAUAAAGCAUACAGCUACGUCUUAGAUUAUAUAACCACUUUAUUAUGAUGUUCAAGGGAAUUAAAAAGCUAUUUAUUCAUUCGCUGCUGGACAUGUCUGAUAGAUUACUCGUACUGCCCGUGUUAUGUCACUUUAUCUCCCUGGCUGUGUUUUUCUCUCUGUCUUGUCUACGUUUUGUUUCUUCCAUUUGCAGAGUCAUCGUGAACAAAACACACAGACACAGACACGCAAAUUAGAUUAUAUAUCUAUUUGGAAUUCAUAUAGAAAACUAAAGCAAAGAAAUACAGGAAAAAUACACUGUAAGGCAACAUUAUUCAUCUCUCUGAGGUAUGCUGGCUUUUAGAUGGAUUUAGAGUCUCUAGUUUAGUACAAAAGAAAAAUAAUAAACUACUUUCAAAACAUUUCCCUCUUGUAGAAUCAGAUUAAAAUUAAAUGAACUCGCCAUAGCAGCUUUUUCAGUUUUCUGCAUUAAGGUUAGUGAGUUCAGAGUUUUUAAUCAUCUGCUCAUUAGAUUUCUUAUGAUUUUGAUAGUACUAGUCUAUUUAAAAUAGAGUCUCUUGAAGGAACAGUGUGUUAAAAAUGGGAAUAUUUAGUCAUAUCCAUAAACCAGAUGAUAGAAACACUUCCUUGCUCACCCUAUGUGUUUGUGAAGCGACGGUGGCCUUUGAGGACAAGAAGCCCUGCGGUGCAAGAUAAUUAUGAUCCUCAAUUUGCUUGAAGUUUUUACUAUCAAAAACGUCUAUCAAUACACAUCUGUGCACAGCAACAGCUCUCUAGGACAAAGAUUAUUUCAAGCUUGCUAAUGAUUAUUCUACUGAGUUUAGGGAAUCUGGUAGUAAAGGGAUGUAUGCAGCUUUAAUUCACCUGAAAAAAAAGUCAGACAUAAGCGCUCUUAUAUAAUUUCCACGAUAAGCUUAAGGCUGCUUUGUCUGCAUGAUAGGUUUACCCCUAACCCACAUAAACACUCUAAUCUCUCUUUGUUAAAUCCAUGACUGUAAACGCUCCACCUGGCAGAUGUUCUUCCCCUGACAAUAGAAAUACUACAACUGUCAUGAGGGAUUAUACUUGUGUCUGUGUAUGCGCCACAGCAGGAUUUUUUCUAAUGAGUAACGUGGAAAUGGAUGUUUCAAAGCUUCCUUAACAUUGGAUGACAGAAGCGAUCUUAAAGACGAAGACUAUAAACGUUUGAGCCAGUUUUAAUCAGAGCAAUGAAGGCUGGAUUGAAGAUCAGCUGACAGGGGUGUGAGGAGAAAUCAACAGAAAUAUUUCUGUUUCCAUAUAAAUACUGCGGUCCUCUUCAGGCUGGAUUUUGGUUCACUUCCAAAAUGAGCUGAAAUGAGUCAUUUCGCCUCAAUGGACCUUCAAUCUGACUGUCUGAUGUUUUUAUUAAGGAGUGAAUCACCCUAAGGAAGUCACGCUGGAUUUUACUUUCAGCUGUAGUCUGAUGGUAUGCAAAUAAGAGGCAAGCAGUCCCCACUACUUUUUCCUAGCUUGGCUUUAGGCGUCAGCUUUGUGGGCUUCCUUCAGUUCCCUGUGUUUGUAUUUCCUCUUCUUGUCCUCCUCCACAUAUGACUUUAACAGCCAAGGUUAAAGUCUCGUACAUUAUAACUUUAAUUUAACAUUAAAAGACUGAAGCAAAAGUUCAUCAUCAUUUUGCUUUUGGUCAUCCAAACAUCUCGAGGCUGCAGAGAGACAGUAAAGAUUUGGUUCUGCGCUGUUCAGAGAUAAUGAGACGGUGCUGUUGAGUUCAGCCCAAAGUUGUUUGACUCGUUGUCUAAGUUCCCUCCCUGCAGCCUUUGAGUAAAUCUCUCAUUAACAAGCGCAAAUACAGCAAUCACAGUCACUGUGUCGUGAACUGACUCCUUGACUUUACUGCCAUGCCUAAAAGACUCCAGAUGGAGAGCUCUAUGUUAAGAUGUUAAUGUAAAUGUCAAUUACUUGUAAAUGUCAAGACAUGUAAGAAAUCAGAUAAUUGAUAAGGCAGAAAAAUAGUCAUUCUGUUAUCUGAGGAGAGGACCCACCGACAAUUCAAUCUUACCUGUGAAAGAUAUAUACUUUAUCUUAAACUAAUUUUUCAAUUUUAUUUUAGCCAACUAUUUUUUAGUACUUUAAGCAAAAAACUUUAAACCUAAGUUAUAUAUUUUAACUGUUUAUGAAACAUGUUGAAUUUUACGAUGAGGCCACAUUAUGACUCACAAAAAUCAAACAAUACUAUAGCAAAAUGAGUGAAAGGUUCUUUAUUAUAAUUUUCACCACUGCAAGAGAGUAUGAGUCAGAUGAGACAAUUAACAACAUGGUGUAGAAAAAUCCCUUUUACUUUUUGAAACAGAAAAUUUUGAGAGCAAGAAAUGUUUGACUUAUAGAGGACCGUAUCAGCAAAGGGAUAUGGGGUUUCACUUUGGGUAGAGGUCCCCUAAAUCAAUUAAAACUUUAACCAGCAUAUAUUUUACUUCUGGUUUAUGAUUAACCAUGUCUGAAACUUCAUUAAAACAUUUGUAGUUUUUGCUCUGAGGCUGAUUUGAUCUGUUUAUGUAGUGAGAUAGCCUAACUGUCCAUCAGUAAAUAUUUUGAGGUAACUUUUGACACUGCAAAAUGUGUUUUAUUCUUUCUGUCCUUUUAGUUUAUUCCAUUAAUCAGUUUCUUUAGUCGUUUCAACCCUGUUCCCUUUUGACUGAGGAAGUUAAUUCACACUCGAAGUGAUUCAUUUUAACUGUCUAUCAGUUGUUUCAUCUUCUGCUUGCUGGUCUCUGCACAUGAAAUUUAAUAAGGUCACAUCUCAGUUUGACUUGAUAUGACUAAUUCCCAAUUUAUUCUCACAAACUGAGCAGAUACUCUAUCUUUCUACCAAAUAACCCUUUUUUGAAACUAAUAUAUGAUGAGUACUUGGACAUUUUUAUACCUACUUUUUUGUAUGUAAGUGUCAGUCCCUUCAACUAUUAUGACAGUAUAACAUCAGUCAUGGCUCUCUGUUGUAUUGUCGCUCAGAUCAUAACAUGAUUUUGACUCCAUGCCUGCCAAAACACCAAAGGUACCAGACACGCAAACCUUCCAGCAGCAUUGAGAACACGGCGCUGUGACAAGGAUCACAGUGUGGUGGCUGUCAUGUUGUGUAAACAAUCUAACCGCUGCCCUGGGCUGCUGACAUUCAAACUAAAAGCUGCCUCGGCUGUGACAUGAAAAAGCACGACUCUGUCAAUGUGUUUUUCUGACGCUUCAAAACAGUUUUUGUGCCUCCUUAAUGAAUGGAUGUCCUUCCUGUUGUUUUUUCUUUUUGCGAGGACAAUGCAGUUUAUAAAAUGAAUAAAUGGUUUAUGCGCAUCCCACACAGCCUUGACAGUGACAGCUCCAAACUUCAAGUUUUAUCAUCUCUCGCAGUGUCUAAAGAGUUUUUUUUUCCCCCGUCAAAGUCAGUCAAAUUGAAGGCUGUUUUCCAAAGUUUAAGAACUAGGAUGGAGUGGUGAGUUGGCUUUGAGUUAGCCCAUAUGGGACUUUCUAUCUAUCAAUCUGCUUCUGAUUUUUCACACUUUUUUUUCUCCUCCUGUCCUGAUCCAGGCCCCGCUCAGAAGAUGCCAGCCACGGCCACUGCCAUGGACUUCUUCCAGCUCUUCGUUCCAGAUAAUUGCAUCCAGAACAUGGUCACCCAAACUAACAUGUACGCUAAGAAAUUCCAGGAGCGCUUCGGCUCGGACGAAGGCUGGCGUCCGGUCACGGCCCAGGAGAUAAAGGCCUUCCUGGGCUUUGUCAUCUCCACCAGCGUGCAGCGCUGUGAGUCAGUGCUCAGCAUUUGGAGCUCAGGCUUCUUCAGCAACAGGAGCAUCGCCUUGAAGAUGAGCCAGGCACGAUUCGAGAAGAUCCUCAAGUACUUCCACAUUGUGGCUUUCAGGCCGUCACAGGGAAGCAACCAGGGCUUGUACAAAAUCCAGCCGUUCCUGGACUCCCUGCAGCAGUCGUUCGGCUGCACCUUCAGACCGUCGCAGACACAGGUAUGUGUACUCCAUUCUGUUUUCUGUAUCUCAGUUUUCUCAUAUUGUUUCUCCUUUCACACCCAACACUUUCUUGUCUUUGCUAAAUUUAUUAUUAUACCUUUCAACUUCAGAGGCAAAAAGAAUGAAAUCUGCAAAGGUUGCUGUAUCUCUUUUAUACUCAGCUUUCAGGUUUUUCAUUGCAGGAACUGUUUCACUCUAAAGUAUACAUUCAUUUUUAAUACAGUAGUUAAGAAUUCCCCGCUUACCUUUCAAAAUAAAACAUAAAAGGAUUUACUUUUAAAGUUGAAAGAACCGACUAAUAGCUCCUGCAAAGCAUGUACUUUAGUAAAGCACUCAACUUUUACAGAGUUCCCCUGCAGAGGACUUUAUUCAGCUUGUUUCUAGAUGCACCGUGAGCACUGUUAGAUCUACAUUAAUGCAACUGGGGCAGUAGAGCGCCAGAAAUGCUACUCUAUUUUGGGUGGGCUGGAGUUUAUUCAACUCCUGCUUUACUUUCCUCUCCAGAUGAGCAGCAUUCACGAAUAAGCAGCCUGAUUGAAGCUGAAACAGUUCAAUAUAAUUAACUUUCAUUCUUCUUGCUGUUAUGCUCUUGUCAAAAUUGAUGACUGUAUUAUUAGAUAACAAAAAAAACAAGCAGAAGUGCUCUUCUUCAGCAAAACAAAACAGCAGCAAUCACUCAUCCGUGUUUACUUCCACCUGGAAGAUGGAAAUCAAACAUGAAUUGUUGAUAUUAAUAGCUCAGUGAGUGUGCAAUUCAAAGGAGGAGGAGAAUAAACCAGAGCAUGUCAUUUUGCUCCAGACUUUCCAAUUUCAGUUCCCUUAAAAUAACCUUUUACUUCAGACUCUUUGGUUUGAUAUUGGAUGCCUAUGCUUCCACUGUAUGCCACUACUUUUCUCAUUGUGCGUCAUGUUCUUCCAUUAGUAUAACAAAACAUUCGCUUAUUCACAAUCUGGUUAAGAGGAGAGCACCAGGGGUGGCUAAUCAUAUUCCAGUGAGAUCUGGAGACACCCUUGCAGCUGCUGUUGAGCUCUUAAAAAUUAAUGACUUUUCUGGGAAGAAGUUGAUUAAAUUGCCUUCUUCAGUUUGACUGCUAUAACAUCAUCCUCAAUCUGAGGGAUGAUGUCAGUGCUGUGAUGCAUUUUGGCAAUACAGACUCUUAACUACGGCCUCCUUCUCGUAGCACAUCUCCUCCUGCAGUUAUUCUCCUUAUCAAAACAGUUUAAAUAUAACAUUUGUUCAGUAAACGCAGCGUCCUCUCUGCAGAGGGUUUGUCGAGCUGCGGUUUCACAUCAGAACUUUUCAUACACUUAGAUCUAAAAAUGACUAAACUGAAACAUUGAGGGCACGUCGGAUUUCAGACAGCUUCUGUGCGUGUGUGUGUGUGUGUGCAUGUGUUAUUAGCAGUGACAGUAUGUGUGUAUCUAGGACAGUUUGUCUUAUCUGUGAGUUUUCUGUGCCGGGGGGCAGAGAGCGAGCCCAGAUAGUGAGAGUGGCACAGACUGGAACUGUUGCUUCACUGAUGAUGGGAAAAAAAUCUGUUCGUUUAAUGGGAUUCAGACGCAUGAAAAGGGGGGAUGCGUUAGUUCUGGCUGAAAUAAUGAUUAGGUUAUUAACAGUAAAUCUGUUGUUUAUAUUUUCAGUUGGCUGAGCAAUUAUGCAGUUUAGAAGAUGUGCUGAAUUUGAAAUGAUUUGACUAGAAACUAAACAGAAACACUUGUUGAGAUGUAUUUUUUUUGCAUAUUUCUGCCAAAAACAAAUAGAAAUACUUAUGUAAACUCUUUGUUCAUUCAAAAACGGGUUAUUUUUCAAUAUCUAUGCCUGCCUGACCCUGAUGUAUCUACCAACCAAGCGAGAGUGUGUGUGUGUGUGUGUGUGUGUGUGUGUGUGUGUGUGUGUGUGUGUGUGUGUGUGUGUGUGUGUGUGUGUGUGUGUGUGUGUUAAUAUGUGAACUGGGGUGUUGAUAUGUGGCCAUUAACACCACUGAAUGUUAGCAUGUAAUGCCAGCACCUUGUGACAGUCAUGCUCCACAUCGUCCGUGUCUAUCUGGCAGUUUUGCAGUCCCUGACAAUAAUCUGUCGACACUGCUUCAUAUUGAUUCGCCAGUGUAAAAUCUUUGAGAGCAUUUAUCAGUCCUCACAGAACCACCGCUGCAAGACAGCAUGCAAUGAUGGAUUUUCUUCCUCUCUUGGUUCAGUACAGGAUGAGUGAAGCCAUGCAAAUGAUUUACUAGAAGCACCCAUGUGCAAAUGUGACCACCCUGUGAUCAGCUGUGGGGAUAUGGGGAUAUACCACUGAGCUAAUGAGGCAACUACAAGAUGAAAUAUCUCUUAAGAGGCCAUUGUGGUUUGGUGAUGUCAUCCGUCUAAGGCCUAAUAGGCUCAUUAGUUUUCCACUUGUUUAAUCUAUAACUCUAUAUUUGACUUCAAAAUGACUUGUUGCUCUCAAGAGAGAGAGAGAGAGAGAGCUGUUUGUUGUUGCCUCUCUCUCUUUCCAUCUUUAGUCAAAUCAUGACGGAGCCAUGCAGGAGAUGGGGGAGGCAGGGGAAGCCAAUUUGAAAUGCAAAUAUUUGUCAUGUGGUUGAAAGAGAUGUUCGGUCAGGUUUGAGGUGUGUUGCACUGGUUUGACCGCCCCAGAAAAAAGGGUUUGAAAGUCAGUUUCAUGUGUGUGAUUUCUAUCGGGGCCUCGUGUUUGUUUGUGUUUGGGUUCGUGAAUGUCAGCCUGUUGUAAUACACUCUGUAAUCCCCACACGGACACUAAUCCUCUGAUCUGACCCAUCUUCUAUUUAGAGAAAAGAGAGAGGAUGUUAGGGGGAAACUAACCAACAGGGAGUUAGAAUGGUUUAGCCUACUUUUAAGAUUUACUUUGAGUCUUUUGACGACAUGUUUGCCAAUUUUGUGGUAGUUUUAAAGUCUGUGCUGUCCAUAGAAAAGACUUUCCGCAGAGACCACUCGAUCCAAAACAGUCCAAAAAUGUAAAGAUGUUUAUUUUCUGAUUUGUAAGGAUGCCUUGCCCAUGUUCACGCUUUAAAGAAUGGGAGGUCCACACGAAUGAUCAUUUUGACAAGUUUUACUGGUGGCAGAUCUGGGUUACAGCUUCAUCAUGCCACAAGUGUAACAAAGACUGGUCAGACUGUUCAAGUAUAUAUAGUUGUCCACGUUUCCAAACAUUCUGCUUGCAUCUUGUUGACCUGAGGGAGAAUCCAUGUAAGGUAAUAACAAACAUAUUUUGGGAGCCUGAGUGAUGUUAAACAUGGGUACAAGGUCCUUCUCGAGGAUGGUUGUUGGAGGCCCAUGACUCCAGAAAUCUAGCGCCAAAGAAUCCAAGAUAUUUGAGUGACACAGCUCCACCACCCUAAAGGCUGACAUGACAGGCCAAAGAAAAUCACCCUAACACUAUUAUAGUGAAAUAAAAGUGUUAAAAAGAUGAAUUUUUCAUGAUGAAUGAGUUCGAUGUGACUUUAAUGAACAGCAGUACAAUUCAUUUUAUGGCAUUGAAUCCUCACUGCUGGUAUUAUAGGUAAGGUUAAUGCACAGUUAGCUGGUGAUUACACAAAGUGAGGCGAGCAGAGGUGGGUCAACAUGCUAGUGGGUCAAAUUAACAUUAAACUCAAUAUUUUCAUUCAUGGUUCAGUCAAACUUUUCUGUUUAUCACUCAACCAGUCCCCUAACACACUUGAAGCUAAUUUAUGCUCUGGUUUCCUUAAAGAUCAGCUAUUAAUCACUAAUCUAAAAUAUUUUUGCUCUAAUUAUAAAGUAAUUAUAGACAUAUCCUCCAUGUUGGGUUGCUGAUAGUGGUCUGAGCGCUCCUCAAUGCAGUGGUUGCUCGUUUGAAUCCUGUUCACGGUUGUUUGCAGUAUGUUUUCCUCGGCUCUGGACUUCCCAUGUUUCUUGGUUCUCCUCAAAAUUCCCCAACAUAUUUAUGCCUACCCUUUAAGUUGUGUGCCAAUACUAUUUUAAACUUACCCUCUGGAAGGAUGAAGCCAUAAACUGCCCUCUAGAUGUACUAUAACUCCUUUUAGUGUGAUGUGUGUGAUCAGGUUGUGCCGGUAGAGUUGCUUUUUGAUGCAUUUAUUGUCCAUUAUAUCUCAAUUUUAGUCAAAUUUCCCCACACAUCAAAGAGGACAUGACUCCUGGUAUUUGUCCUUACUUCUUUUCUCAAAUAUUUUCCCUCUGGACCCAUUGAAUUUAUUGCAUCUGACAAAAUUCACACUCAAAAGAAGUUUCUUCUCAUGUGGUGCCAUUAAAAAAUAAAAAAAGGUAUCAGUCCUGCAAUGUGUACUUUUAUGGGUUUUUUUGUCAAAUUUUCUCAGGUUUGGUCUGAAGAUAGAAUAUAAAAGCUCACGACUCAAGUGUUGUCCUUUUUGUGGUCAUGGGAAAAUAGCAGUGAGACAGAUGAAGAGGAUAUUCUGAAGGGGAAAACAUUCAAUUCAAGCAACUUAAAAACAGAAAGAAGUAAAACUGACAAGUGAGAAUUUUCUGUCCUCUUCCUUUCUGCAGACAAAGCUGCACAUUUGAGAUAGUAUUUCUGCUGAGAACAUUUUCUCUCUCUGGUAUCACCUUCAAACACUUACGGGAACUUGCGCAGAUCUUUGUUUGGCUGCCUUUUCCGAACACUGAGCUGUUAUAUUACGUGAUUUACAGUCUCACUCCUGAUUCUCAAGACAAUAAAAGUGUUUCUCCUUUGUGAAAGCCAACUGUUUCUCCAGUCGUACAACUUGUAUGUGUGACAUGGUUGACAAGAAAGAAAAUCCCACAUGCAGUAACAACGAGAUUUCCUGUGUGUGUUUGCAGGUUCUUCAUGAGCCCCUAAUAGAUGAGGACCCAGUAUUCAUCACCACCUGUACAGAAAGAGAGCUGAGGAAGAGGAAGAAGCGGAAGUUCAGCCUCUGGGUGCGACAGUGUACCUCUACUGGAUUCAUCUGUCAGGUAGGAGCACAUUUGAGCUCUGUGAUUUAUGGUACGAGGAGAAAAGUUUGAAAAAUCAGAUCGACAUGGUCACAGUUCUGAUUUAAGAGUGGAGAUAAAGAGGUUGAUAAUAAUUUGGUGUUCGCUCUUAAAACGAUAUGGCAAUUUAUUUUUGCAUGAAGAUUAUUACAGACUCCGUUCUGCCUGAGGUCAAAAAUAUAUUCUUUUAAAAGCAUCAGACUUUGAUCUUACAGAGAGUCUUAAUCUCUUACUCAGAUUGACGAUUUUGCCCCAUAUUUUCAGACUAUUUAAAGAAACAGGAAAAAGAGAGCUUGUGAUGUAAUCAAAAACUUUUCCAGGCUUUUUGUGCAGAGUUUGAGUUCAUAAAAUAAUCAUAAUCAUCUAGAAAGUGAAACCACCAUCUGGCUGUUAGAUUCUUUGAAUUGUGCAAAGUUUUGAUGCCAGUUGCAGGUACAGGACAGAAUGAGUGCAUUUAAGUUUGUGUGCAUUGCUUUCUAGAAAUAGUUUUACAGAAUACAAAAAUAGAAAAUUCAUUAUUUUGCUUUAUUAUUUCGUUUUAGAGUCAAAUAGCUAGCUCAGGUUUGAACAGAGUUGUCACAUCAGGCAGGAAAACCUGAUCUGCUUGCCAACAACCUUGGCCUUGAUGCAACCUGCCACUCCUGCAUCAUUUGAUUACGUAACAUCGUCAUUUAACCGGAGCCUGGCUCUGCAGGAGAAGAGACAGACGGACCUGUCCAACCCUGACCACUGCAGAGGAGAGGACAGAGGAGAAAUAUUGGGCACCACGACAACAAGAAGCUGUGCUUUUUUAAUUUCGUGUGGUUAAAUCUCAUGCAGGGGGAUUUAGAUAGCUGUCUUACAACUGAACAGUCUUAGUGAGACAAGAUCCUCGGAAAACUGCAAGUGAAAGCACUUCUAAACCAGUAAACCACAUGACUUGGAAACUGGAGUGCAAGUUGCGAAAGUGAUUUUCUAUUCUUGUAUUCUGGUUUACUGAUAUUGUUCUCCUUCUCUUCACCCACCCACACGCACACUGAAAUCAUUUGAACGGCUAUCUUGAAGAAAUGCAAAAGCAAGAGUACCAUCACGAAAUAUUCAAACUGUUGCAUAUAAGUGACUAUCGUGUCGUUAAAUUGUGUAUCUGGCCUUAAAAAUGCAAGUAGUAUAGUGAUAUGGAUUUGACUUUUGUGCUUUAACAGAAGUAAAAGACAUUCAGAGAUACUGCUGAGAAAAUCUGCAUUUAGAGCUGCAGAGAUAUUUGCAAGAAAGUACAACCAUGCAAGACAUAAGAUUGUAUAAAGAGGCCCUUCAACUGCAAAUAAAUGUAUAAGUCUGAGACGGAGAACCGUGCUGCAGAGAGGAGGUUUCCAUUUUUAGCCUGGAAGAAGUCCAAAAUGACAUUAGAGGAGAGUCCAACCAUGAUCAGAAUUUCAAUUUGUGCAUUUCUCUCUUUCCUCUGGUACUGUUGCUGUAUUUUAAACACAUUAACUGAUGAAUCAAGCCUCUCAUGAAUCCCCUCUUACGCUUAAUCACCAUUUUAAAACAAAUUUUGCAUAAAAGGCAUGACAGGCUGUUGUAUUCAGUGAUCCUAUCCGUUCAACAUGUAUAAUCGUUAUGAUUUACUGUGACUGUGGCCGCUUGGCUGCCGCUCAGUAUUUACUAGUCCUCUGCACGCGCCGCGUGUGUCUGCAAUCACAUCCUCUCUCUCUCUCUCUCUCUCUCUAAAUGAAUUGUGUCGAGGGAGUGAGAAAAAAAAAAUCCAAGAAAUAAAACGAGUUAAUGGAGCGAAUCAAUGAGAUUCCAUUAGCCGGUGCUCCACAAACACACAAACACACAGAGGCAUAGACUGACCACUUAGUGUAAUAGCUGAAGGCUUGACGUAGAUGCCGGCUAAUCUGGCUAAUGCUGUUGAGUUUGCGAGCAACUGGAGAAAUGAAAGUGCUGCUAGAGGGACACGGCAGUUUGUGGGUGUGCGUUUCACUUUCUACACAUGAUAAUGGUUUUCUGUGGAAGAUGAGCGCUCAUGUCAUUUCCAUUGAGACUUUUAUUCUGAAAAGCAUCAUGUAGCAGUGUGUUGAGCCAUAAAUCAAAGCCCAGUCUGUCUUAUUGCUGCUCAAUAUAUCCAGUCUGUCUCUCUUAAUGUUCAACAGCCUCCUAAUCUUUUUCUUUCUAAGACGUUUUAUGUAAAAUUAUAGAUAUUUUGGGAAGCUUUGAAUUAUUAGAGCCCUCUGUAAAGUACAGGCUUACUUUCAUGUUCACCGAAACUUCAGUGAACUCUGGAUGAACCUAUUAUUUUGGAUACUUUGGACUCUCUGGUAGAAAAGAAGCACAGUGAAUGUGAGGGAGAGGAAAUUUCAUGCAUCAUAGAACCUCACAUUGACUUAGACUGAGGAUGCUCAUAGUCAGUUCAUCUUGAUAAGAAAUUCAGUUUUAUGAGACUGUCAUGUCCUCCAUAAAUGAAUCCGCUGACAUCCUGCAGGCCUUCUAACGCUUCAUUUUACAACAUUGUUGAAGAAAAGAGCACUCAAGCAAAUAACAGGUACACCGUGGAAGCCCACUACAUCCUUCCAAAUAAAUUUGAUUUUACAUUAAAGGUGGGGUAGGCAGGAUCUGAGGAAGUGCCAGUUUUGUGGGAGAAAUCUUGAAUGUAAACACUACCCCUCCCAACCAGUUUUCCCCUCAGCUCCUCCUCUCCCCGCCCACAAACAGACGCUCCUGCUCGCUCGUAUCGUUUUAAUUAAAUUCAGAUAUAAUGCAGAUAAAUACUUCAGAUAAUUACAAAUGGGGCCUAGUCAGCGUGAAAGUAAAAAGCAUUGGUGCUACUGUAGAUGCUAACAGACUACCAGCAAACACAAUGUUUGCAGGACUUCUACAACUAGGAUAAAGUGACAUACUCCAGGACCCGAGGUUAACAGUUUAGUGUUGCCACGACACGCAGCAGGUCCCGUUUGACAAGAAACACUUCUGUUACAGACACUUGGCUUACUUUGUUAAAGCGGUUUCCCUGUCCAGUAGAAAGGUUACAGGGUCCGUAAGAUCUCGAAGCUCCCCCAUCAUUUAUGCUGAUGUUGACCCGGCUUCUUAGCUUUUGUCCGGUCUACCCCAAUUUUAAACGCCCAUUAUUCCACCAGAGUCUCCAGAGGUAUUUACUUUGUUUUCUUGCUUGCGUUGGCAGUCGUGGCCAAAGGAGGAUUCAGAAAAUUUUCCGUACUUUAUGGUUGGUUUCUACUGUCCGAUAUUGUAGCACGCUGACUUUGUUUGGGCUCGUGAACGACACGGGUGAGCAGUGUCUGCCUCACAACCAAUCAGGUUGGGGAAGGCAGAGAAUGGCUUUGUUUACAGUCAGAAAGAGCGGGCCACUCAAAAAAUUUAAACUGUUGACUACACAGAUGUAACAAAACACAGUGAUAUUGUUAUAUUACCAAAUGUCGUCAAUAACUAAUAGCUACUGACUGAUAUAAUACUAAGAUAAUAAGACACAGGAAGUGGAAAGAGAGCUCUUGUUUCUCAAGUCUCUACAACAGAGAGGGUCAGUGUAAAGGUAGCAUGACCCACAUACUCAUGACCAAGGGGCAACUUGCUUACUGAGAGAUGACGCCAAUUUAGAAGAGCUAAAAACUGCAGUACCUACAGCGCCUACACAAGGUGGGUUUUUGAAGCCCUGAAAGCCACAUUACAUGCACACCCAAUCUAAAAAGCAUGUCAUAAGAACACAAAUAGUAAUGUUUACAGCGAGCUUGAAAAAGGUUGUUUGCCUGAAUAGCUUGUGUUUCUAUCUGCACACACUCUACAGGGGGGAAAUAUUUUAUUAACGCAUUAUUUUUGAAGAUAUCAAAGUUACAAGUUUUUCAUAAUUAGUAGCACCACUUAUUUGAUUGACAGUCAGGUGUACUCCUUGGCAGAGAAGACAAUGAAAGAGUGCUUAACAACAAAAUGAAGUUUAGUUUUCUGGAUCUAUCUCUCAUUAAUUUAAGUCUCCUGUCUCCAUCCUCCCACUCUGCAGAUCUCAGUCCAUCUGAAGGAGGGCCAGGGCACAGACGGUCUCGCCACCUUGAAGAACAAGCCUCAGCUCCACAGUCUGGUGGCUAAGCAGCUCUGCCAGAACAUCUCUGGCAAGAACACGAUCAUCUUCACCGGGCCGUCCAUCACCAGCCUCGGUCUCUUCACAGAAUUCAGCAAACAAGGUGUGCAAACAAACAGACGUAGAUAUUAUCUUUUCUUCUCCAUGUCACCUGAAUGAAACCCCGUCUAUGUUUGUUUCUACUUCCCUCUCAUCUCUGGUUCUCUCUUUUUAAAUCCUACUUAAUGUAGAGUUAUAACUUCUGUCCUUGUCUCAUCUUCCUCCCUUUUGCAUAUUUUAUUGGCCAAUUUAUUUUUAAUCAUGUUGUGAAGAUUGCGUCCUCGGGCUAAGCAGCACAGAGAGGACAGCAGUCUGUUGCAUUUCACCUUCAAAUGAGACUUCGCUGAUUUACAUUGAGCUCAAAGAAAGAUGUUUUCUAUAUCUGUCUUUACAAACAAGAAAAACAUCUUCAAAUAGAUGAGAACGUGUAAAUUAAGAGUGAGCAUCUGAUGCACUUUGCUAACAAACAAACCGUCGGAGUUUGUUUGUGCCAGUCAACCAAUAUUAACUGUAAAACUGUCCUGCUGCACUUAAUCGAUAGGUAAAGUGGACGCUUGAUUUGACUCCUAAAUGAAACACUGUUUAAUAUCUGAUAAUGACAGCUUCUGACACCCAGGAGGGUUUUGCGUCUUAGCUUCUAACACCUUGUUAUCUUCAAAAAAUAAAGAUUUGUGAUGCGACUUUCCUCAGGACUCCAGUUUUCGUGCCCAUUCUGUCACGGUUUGGAGUCAAACAAAGAAAGGAAGAACCCAAAAUGCAGAACAAAAAAGAGGAUUUAUUUAAAAAGGAACUAAAAGAAAAAACAAAAACUUACUUUCCAAAUGGUCCAACUCGAAGAAAAUCAAGAAACACAAAUGGCAAAAUCCAAAGAACCAAAAAAUACAAUGAACCGACACAGAAACAGGGGAAGACAAGGACCAUAUAUUAUACACACACAGGGAAACGAGCAAUGAGAGGCAGGUGAGACACUGAGACACAGGUGCAGACAAUUACUAAGGAGGGAAAACUGAAGAAGUAAAACAAGACUAGAAACACAAAAAACAGGAAACAAUGAAAACUGAUUAUAGAAUAAAACACUGAGAACAUGAGAGAAACAGGCUCAGACACAAACCUGAAAACUCACAAGACAAGACUACAGGGGGACAGGAACAACAGGGCACAGAAACACGAGGGAAAAUACACUCAAUUCACCAAAACCAGGGGAACAACAGAACAUAUCAUGACACAUUCUGCCUCAGCCAUCUUUAAUUAUAAAGGCUUCCUCCUAUUGUGAGGGUUGUUUUAUUCUUUACAUUUCCAGAAGUUACUGCCCAGGGUAACACUUUACAAUAACCAUAACUUAAAAAUGGUAAAUAGACCAUUUAUAAACGGUAAGCAGAUAGUUUAUUCACAUUUAUUCAUCAUUUAUAAAUAACAGAUAGACUAUUAAUAAAUUGUAAGUUGUACAAUUUUAAAAACCUAACCCUAACUUUACAAUAACCAUCUAAGUAAUGGUCAUAGCUGAUUUAUAAACCACUUAUUAAUCAUUUACAAAGUAUUACAAACAUCAGUUGCAACUUUACAAUUACCUUUUAAGUAAUGUUUAUAGAUGGUUUUAAAAACCAAAUAUUAACCAUUUACACACAUUUUAAUCUAGAUGUUUUACAACCAAUAUUUAAACCCUAUAUAAACCUUUAAUAAAUAGUCUAUUAAUAAUCAAUGAAAGUUAUUAAUCAUCAUUUCAUUGCCUCUUAAUGUUGAAACUUACAUUAAUAAACUAUCUAUUUUCCAUUUAUAUUGGUCUUUGUGCUGUUUUUAAAUGAUAAUUAAACAUUAAUAAACUAUCUAUUUACCAUUUAUAAAUGAUGGUUAUUGUAAAGCGUUACCCCGCCCAGAGUUAUCAUGCCAUAAAAGAUUAACAAUGAAAGGCAGAAAACAAGAAUUCAAACAAACGAAACAAAAGAGUCUCGUUUCAUGAUACCAUCUGCACAACUUCUUAGCCUUCACUUCUCACAAUAGCACUUAAGCUCAACAAUAAUGGACGGCCAAUUAAAAACUCAACCAGGCAGAGCUGCAGGACGCCGAGUCAAGAAAAACAAGUUUGGAGAUAUAAUCAAUAUUUGUCAUCCUAAUUAGAUGAAGCUACCGCGAGGCAUUCAGCCAGGAAUACUCUGUGUUCUGGGCUUAUGAAGGAAUUGUCUGAGAGUUUUCUUUCAAAAUUUAUCAGCCUGGAUUAAUUAACUGAGUUAAUCAGCCCGAACCGCACACACACACACAAUAAAAGUACAGAGAGAAAUCAUUCUUCAAAUGGAGUGCAGAAAAAAAAAACAGCUGCAGUCACCCUCAUGAUUGUUUGACCACUGCUCGCUCAUGUAGGAAAUAAAGAAAUUGGAUAAGAUGACAAACAGAAAUAACAAAAGACAGAAAAGACGUGAAGGAGAAAGGAAGUAACAGAGCCGAGAGAGUCAAGAGAGAUGUUUACAUCAGAGGCAGGAAAAAUCGAAUGAACUUUACCACAGAGAAGUGUGAAACAAUGACAAAUGAACACACAUUAUACAGGGUUUUAUGUUGAAUCAUGGUAUGUCUUUGUGUUCCUCCUUCUCCAGAUAUCUACUGUUGUGGUCUGCUGAGCACCAGGAAGAGCGACUGCACCGGCCUACCACAAAACAUGCUGGUCUGUGGCGCCACGCCGGCGCAGCGCGGCCAGUCGCGGGUGAUGAUGAAAGGCACUCUGUCGCUGAUCAGCUGGUACAACAAGGGACACUUCCGGUUCCUCACCAACAGUUAUUCCCCAACAAAACAAGGUACUGCUGCUUCUCUGUCAAACUGAAUUUUGAUUAUCUCGGGUGAGAGAAUAAGACCUGCUUACUAACAAGGGAAAUUUGCACAUUGUUUAGCAUUCAUGAGUGAAAAUCAAUCAGAAUUUAUAAUCCAGGAUAAUCCAUCUCUGAAAAGCGACAAGAUCAUGAUAUUCUCCUCCUUUUAGGAAAUAAUCCACUCUUGAUUAAACAGAUUAGUUUAACCUAGUGGAAGAGUUGCUGUGUUAUAACUCUUUAAAUGACGAGUUAAACCACUUAAUCUGUUGCUCUCCAGUAUUGAUUUUCUCUCCCCUCAGUGCAAAGUCGAGUGUGUGUGUGUGUGCAGUAUGUUUCACUCUGAGCAAAAAGAGGACUUCAUUAAUCCACAGGAGCUUGUUUCUGUUUUUAAUAAACCGCUUCAAGAUAAGCGAGAGUCAUGGAGGUGAUAUUAAAGAAUUAACUCUCUUUAGUUUGCUUGUAUCAGUGACUGCUGCUUGCAUUUACAUGAACCCCUCUAAGGACCCUGAUAUUUUGCAUACUUGUUUACUGCCAUAUCUUGUUUUCACUGAAAUCUGCAGAGGUUUCUCAAUGCUUUUAUUUACACCUGUGCAUUUGCUGCUGUGGUAAGUCUGAUUUUCUGCAGCGACUAACAAAGCAGCUUCUUAAGGGACAGUAAAAAGGGAGACCAGCUAAAAACAAAAAUAGUAACACAGAUCCUGUCCUUUGUCUGGUUGUCGGCCAUGUGACCACAGAGUCUGGAGGAGACGAGUCUCUUUAGUGGGACCUUGUUUGUCUCUGAAUCUCACUUUGCUGUGUUAUGUCAAUUUGUGGCAGGUAUGAUCAUUAAGAGGAAAAGUGGGGAGAUCCCAUGUCCCCUCGCGGUCGAGGCCUUUGCUGCACACCUCAGCUACAUCUGCAAAUACGACGACAAGUACAGCAAGUAAGCACAAGAAUUUAUACAUUUGUUAUUUUUACUUUAACAACUGGUAAGUGUGUACCUUAAUGCUCAAGGUACACAAGCGUACUGUAAGGUCAAAGAAAAUAAGACCUGAAUUGUUUGUACUGAGAGAAAUAAUCUGCUGUGAAGUAGACACAUUUUACCUAUUUAAGCUCCUGUGAGGAAGUUUUGACUCGCCAAGAAACAGACUGAUGUUUAUGUUGGUACCUGAUAAAGACCUCCUAAAGCGAAGAGAGCAUUAGCAAAAAGAAAGGCUGUUUUUUAUUGUAUUUUUUAUGUCUGACACUGCUGCUGCGAGGUGGGUCUCAGACAAAGUGAUUUUUCAUGCUGCCUAAAAAAAGCAUCUUUUUACAUUUACCACAGCAAAAUCUUCUUAAAGUUGAUAUAUUUAUCUGUCAAUAAGAAAAAAAAAGUAGAAGAUUCUCAUUUUAAAAAAACACCACCUUUGCCGAGCAAUCAGCAAAAAGACAGGCUACCAUUUUCUCCAAAGACGUUGCCAAUAUUUUCACAACUCCUCACAAGAGGUCCUCACAGGAGCUUUAUGUUUUUUAAAUAAAGACAUUUUUUUUCAAAAUCUGAAGUAAAUUAUUGUCGUCAAUCUAUGUGACUUGUCUAAAUUUGCGCUAUUGUUGACAAUAAAUGAAACAUUUCCACCUGGAAAAAAGCUGAAUAGACAGUAAAUCUAAACUCUGAUUCAAAAGUACUAAAACUGACCCUUAUUGAUGUCAACAACCAUUACUUGAUCUAUGGCUGCUGUUUAACGUGUUUAGGAAAUUUCUGUGAAGCUUCAGUGUCUUUGCAGAACAUUUCGGUCCAUUCUCCACUUUUGUAUAUUUCUUUGCCGAUAAGUCGUUAUAUAAUUCUGAAAUUACCAUUUUUUCAUGAACAGUUAAAGAAUGAGUUAUCCGUCAAAGUCAUCUUUCAGUGAGAGAUUUUUGUAUUUACUCAAUACUGGCUCGAAAACUUGUGAUUUUUCACAGGUUUCUGGCUUUUUAGCCCAAAUGACGCAAACUGUAACACCUCUGUAUUCUACACAGAUGUUCUUGGUCCUAUCUAACCUAAAAAUGUCAUCUCUAAAGCAGAAGACUCGAUUUGAUUUUCUUAUACCAUUUUUUUUCCGAGUGAAAGUGAAGCAGUUUUUCUUUCAGGAUAUUAUUAGAAGUAAAGGAAUGACUUUGAUUACAAACCCUGGAGUAAGAAGCUAUUUCUCGCCCACAGAUACUUUAUCUUCCAUAAACCCAACAAGACCUGGCAGCAGGUGUUCUGGCUAAGCAUCAGCAUCGCCAUCAACAACGCGUACAUCCUCUACAAGAUGUCUGACGCCUACACGGUUAAACGCUACAGCCGAGCGCAAUUCGGAGAAAGACUGGUCAGGGAGCUGCUGGAUUUAGACGACUGCUCCCCCACACAGUGAGGAGGAGGACGAGGACUGCAGGAACGCUACACACAAACACACAAACAACACCCCGCCCACACACGCACAUUUACACUCCUGUACAGACUUUGCAGUCUGUGUCUAUGUGAUGAUACUAAAGCAGUGCCAAGCUGAUGUCUCUCUUCCUCUAGUUGUUUCUGUGGUACUGUAAAUAUUCAUUCACACACGACUGCACACUACACUACAUAGAGAAUAAUGAGCCAUGGGACACUUCACAUGCCUCUACUGUAACUUCUAACCACACAGAUUUACUAAGGAUUUGUCAGCAGGAGCAGAGAUGCAUCAGGAUCUAUGAAAAAGGGAUGAAUUUGCCCUUUAAUGAUGUCAAGUUGUAACUCCUAUCAGAGUGAAAUAAUUUCAUAUGAGCCUGAAUCUCCUGUGUGAGAGUUCACACAUGUAGGCAUCAGGCCAAAAGCUACAUGUAGCUCUAUAUCGAACCUCUGAAAAAGAAAACACCUGCGACCCUGUAACAAAAGCUUAGUAAACCAGGACUAUGGCGUGUUCACUCGCUGCAUGCAUGAAGAAACUGGAUCGUGAUGUUCAGUUGUUCAGUGUGAAAAUGAUUUUUUGCUCAAGGUGGGUUUUGAAACUUUUUUUCUUUUGUUCGGUGUGUGUAUGUAUUUAGCAAGUGGACCUGCAAUUUGUGAGCCUGAGGUUAUAAAUGUUCAGCUAUUGUGAUCAGGAUGGGCUGUGUUGCUGUGUACUGUUUGUGCUAAUGGAAGGCUGUUGGGGGUAUUAAGCCACAACCAGCAGCGUGCUAACAACUCCCAGCCUCACACAUAAAAAAAUCAGUGAGUUAGGAUUUCAUAAACAACCUGAAAAACAUCUUUUUUAAUCUAGUCUAAUAAGAUUCGAUGAUAGGAAUCAAAGUUAUAACCAUAGACUACAUAUAGAAUGGACGCCGUCUGCCUCCUCGCUGGGUGAAGCCACUCCGAGAACAGCACCCUCUGUUGACAGGCUGCAGUAUAGGUCAUAAAUCCCGCCUCCGCCAGCCAUCCUUAUGGAGCUUUUGACAAACUUUAGAAAUUUAUUACACAGAACAAAAAAGUUUCUCCCCCUGCCUGCAAUGUUGACGUGUAGUUACUAUAAGACUGGUUUGUGCUCAAGUCUUUUUUUUUUUUUUUUUCCUGUGUAGCUCCAUUUUUAAAAGUUAUUAUGGGGUUCAUGUUUUUUAUGAUUGACACUUGAUACAGCCUAUGGGCGUACGAGGAUUGCGUAGCUCACCCGGGGGAUACGCUGUUUGAGCCGAGCGUCAUCACAGUGACUCUUGGCGACUGUCCCGCCAAAUGCGUACAACGCUACUGCGCAAUGUUGGUUUCAGGAAAAGGAGAAAAAUACAGAAUUACCGAGAGCUUUUCGGCUCCAAAUCUGUAUACUGACGGAAGGUGGAACCAAGUUGUCCAUAGUAUAUACAGUCUAGGGUUAUAAUUCUGAAACUGUCAUAAGAAUCUGAUGGUAUAGCCAGCUGUGUGUGAAUAGGCGCGAUUGUGCACUUUAGACAGCAUCUUUAGCCAUCAAUGGAUGAAUAUGAGUGAAUGUGACAAGAAGUGAAAAAGUACUUUGAGUGGUCAGAAGAUUAGAAAAGGAGAUAUAUCAGUACUGUCCAUUUACUGUUACAUCCAGUAUGUUUAGAUCACAAAAGUUAGCUUGAGAACAGAGGUACAGAAAAAAAUUAGCACACAAAAAUAACAUCAAAAUUGUCAACCUACUUUAAAACCAACACUUUAACUCAUCUAAUCCACUUUUUUUUUUUACACAGUAGUACACUGUACUUUGGCUCCGCAGAGCUAAAAUCUUGAUUGAAAGGACGCUGGUGUUGCCAAGCAAAUGGUGAAAUCUUGGCCAUUUGUCAUAGACUUGGGAUUAUGUUGUUUGGCAAGAUUAAUGUCCAAGAAGAAAAAAAAAACUGAAUCAGUAGUGGCUAACACGCUGGCUCAGACAUGCAGCAACAAAUCCUAAUGUUGAUCAGAAGGUUUAUCAUGGUGUCCAAAUCUUAUCAGGAUCUCGAGAUGUAAACAGUAAUCAGUUUGGGUGGUUUUUACAGCAGAAAUACACGUGGCUUUACUUUAUUUUUCCUUGGGCUUGUGAGUGAAAGACCUUUUAUUUAGUGCCGCAUUUCUCCUCUGCUGCUUAUCAUUGAGCCGAUGACAUUAUGAAUCAAAAGGGUUGGGUUUAUCAUCAUCAAAUUCACUCUUCAGACCACGAAACUUUAGCACACUGCUGUCUGUGGCUCUAAUGCCGACUCUACAGUCCACUUUGCUCGUUGUUGUAAUUCUGGGGCCAUGUAAUUAGGAUUAAAAGUGAAAGUUUUUGAUGUGCGCCUGCUUCAUCAGCAUGGCUUGUAUGUAAAAUGAAGGUUUUAACUUGUGUGUGAUUCGCUUGCAGGACUCAUGCACUUUUACCCCGAUCACAAUCUAGCACUUUGAGGAGAUUUAUAAAGUUAGAAAAUGUUGAAUAGAUAAUCUUUUUAGAUUUUAUUUGAGGACAAUGAUAGUAUACAGUGCUGUCAAAAGAAAUGGAAAAUACUAAUAAGUAAGUUCUGUAUAUAACAUAGAAAAAUGAAAUGGACUAUUUAAAAGACGCCAAUGAGAUAAGACUGAAAAUAAAUAACCAAAAGAGUAAAGAUUUCCACUGUAGAUUUAGAGUACAAGGUACAGUAUGUAUGUGUAUAUUUUGUUUACAAAUUACUGUGAGUGUAUUUCCAUAAUCACUCGGUCACUGAGACUCAAGAUUGUGAUUUUUUUAACUUUUUCACUAAUCCAAAGCAUUGUUGUUGUUGUUGUAACUGUUGCUUUUGUGUGUAUGUGUGUGUGAACCACUGAAUGUUUACGUCACUUGUCUAAUCACUGUUGAAUCACCUUGAAAUAACACUAGUUAUCUUAGGAGGCACCUUUAUCCUGUCAUAUCAUUGUGUGGACACAUGGUUUAAAUACAAAAUGAAAAAACAUGAAUGGAUUUGAUGGGCUUGUGUACGUGUGCAGAUGGGUAACAGCUGGCCUGGAGGAGGGGAAAUCUACACAUCUCAACAUUUUUAAAGAAUAUUUUCCAGUCCGUUGAAGUAUCAAACUGUGGUGUGGAGUCAGGACAUGUAAAUACACCCUUAUUUGACAGAUCCUAGAGUAUAAUUCUAGUUCACUACAGCUUGUCGAAAGAUUGAGUGGCAGCCUGUGGUUUGAAUUGAGGCCAAUGUAAAUGUGCAAAAAAGCUGCAAUUCCUCAAAUGUCCACAUGAGGCUGAUUGCAAAUGCCAAGGAAUCCUCUUUACCAAUAUGCUAACGUUAAAAAGCCUGUAUUUAAAGUCAAAUUAAACAUAUUUAGAGUCUGGUUCAAAAAAUGGUUUUAGGUUUGGAGCUAUUUUUUUUAUUUGGAUCCACUGUACAAUUAGAGAGUUUUUCAUUACAUCUGUUAAGAUUUGAUAAAGGGUAUGGGGUGUACAUUAAGUAAAUUUGCAUUAUUGGAUUGGAGCUGAGUGGAUGGACAGGCAGGUGCGUUGUAGCUGUUUUUUGAGAUGUAUGAGUUCAGGUGUGUCAAUAUUGUCAACAUGGUGCCACCAUUGUUUGGCUUCAAAAUGGCUCUCUGGUAACCUAUGGGUGGCGUCACUCAACUAUUACCAAGAUUUUACAGUCUAUGGGCGAGAUCAACUUGCCCAAAUUCAAAGAUUUCAUAAGGUCGGUCUUUACAGGUACACUGCUCAGUAUGUAACCCUACAGUCCUUGUUCAGUGUAUUUGCAUUGUUUAUUGGCUUAAUUUUGAACCUCUUAUGCCCUGUGAACCUUCAGGCAACGGACACAACAAUUUAUCUAAUAUGGUGGUCAACAACUAUGUGUGGCUAUGAGCUGCAAAUUCAUAAAAGUGAAAACAAACAGGCAACAGAAAGGGGCUGUGAAUGGAAAAUCAUGGUGGAGUUUUAUAAAAAGGAGCUGUGUUAUAGAAGAAUUAUGCCAAACCAUACUUUAAUACAUUCAUAGGAUGUUACUGUGUUGAUGUCCUUACUAAACCUUGGAAAAGUUACAUAACAUGAGUGACCUUGAAAUCCUUGGGUGAGUCACAGGUUGUUUAAUUUUAAAAAGCUGUGUGAAAAGUAACACCCACAAGCUGUGUCUAAUGCUGCGUUCAAGUCAUCAAUCGGAAGUCAGAAGUCCGAGCUGAAAAUGACGUCACACCUGAGUUACAAGCGUUUCAGUUACCAAGUCGGAAAAAAGCAAAAGCGGAGGUGGAAACAAGAUGGCUACAUCUAUGAAAGUUAUCUUAGCGCUUGCAUGUCUGAAUAUAUGGCAAGGGCUAAAAUAACUUUCGCAGAUGUCGCCAUAUUGUUUCAGGUCCGAUUUUGCUUUUUUUCGACUUGGUAACUGAAAUGCUGGGAACUCAGGUGUGACGUCAUUUUCAGCUCCGACAUCUGACUUCUGAGGUAACUUGAACGCAGCAUAACUUUAUAUCACAGAACAGCAGCCAAAAUGAAGCACUGCAGCCUAAAGGGGUAAAACUAAGGGUUUUCACAGAAGUUAUCUUGAGCUGCAGAUCCUGCGAAGCUACUCAACGGGUGUUCCUGACUGACUUAAUGAAAGGUGAAAAUGAGUUAGUUCUCUUUUAAAGAGUUAGAAGGGUUACAGCAGGAAGUAUGUGAGAACAGUGAGAGAAAUUUCAGGUCUUUCUUCACAGACAUGAGCAACGAUUUCUUGGAGAAAUCCUCAGUUUGCCUGGAGUCCAACCAAGCGAGAAAACACACUUUGUGUUUCAUGUCCUGUCAUCAAACUAACCAGCUUUGUCUUUCUGCUUGGUUACAUACAGUAUAAAAAUGUAAAUUAUUUUCUCACAAAUUGACUUUCAACUGACCAUUGAGUUCAAAUCAGUGCUGACCCCCUAUUGUGGCCACAGAAUUAGCAGUGAUUUGUCUUUUUCUUUGCAUUUUUCUCUCAUUUGUUUACUUUCCCCCCGUGUGUGUUUAUGAAUUUGCAUUUUGAAUUUUUGCAUGUGUUUUUGAAUAUGCGUUGUUAUGGAAUUUGCAGCUAGCUCCCCACAAUGGAAAUAUUUCAGGUCAUUGCUGUGUAUUUAUCCUUGUCUGCCAUCUCGCUGAAACUUCCAGAAAGAGUGAGCAAUAAUUGAGAGACCAAUUUUAAAGUGGCUUUAUCAAAAAUGAAAAAAAAUCCAUUGUGUGAAGGUCAGAGAACUCAUUCUCUCCUCUUGGAUUAACCUCAGAAGGUCUUAUUGAGUGAAAGACGUAAAUACAGUCAUCAUAAACUGAAGCAGAAAUAGACAUGGCAAGGAGAGAAAGAGAGUCUAAUCACGCCAGGAAAAAAAAAACUCUUUAAAGCCAAAAAGAACCCAAAGACUGCGUCACUUCAAUGAUGACGCAUUUAAAGUAUAACCGUCAACGAUGUUCUCCCUGUUCAGAGGAUAAAACUCAUCUCCUGUGAUGGCUGCGUUUAUAAAUUGGCAUUAAAUCUGCAGCUCACUGUGGACUAAAGCGAGCGUCACACACCUUAAAAUGGCGGUGACCAAAUCAGUGGGUGACACCCGCAGAGAUUUCCCUUAGUGCUUAUAUCACUCAGCUAAGACCAUGAAUAAGAAGAAAUGAUGCACCAGGGACACUGCAGGGCCACAGUAGCUUGGCAACUAAUUUAAUAUAUGUGUAUGAGAGAGAGGAAAAGAGGUAUUAUUUGAAGUUUUAUCGGCAUGUGGUGAUAUUUUUAUCACCUCAAAUGCAGAAUAAGAGCCGAGCAGCUUCAUACGGAUACCCUCACAUGUUCUUUUGUUCUUUAACUUAGAGGGAGGCUGCUUUAAAAUCCAUAUCAAUGAAAGAUAUGGCAUCCUUUAAAUCCACAUUCUGAAUCAGUGAAGUGGUUUUGAAACAAACCUUUUAGUUUUUCUGUCCAGCCAGCUUCACUGAUCAGCCAUAAAAAGUAGUGUUUGUCUGCGAUUUUUCCUCCCGUCACAAUGAUUUGGAGUUUUUAAAAUCCAGAAAUGAAGUUUGUGUGACAGUUUAAAAAAAAACUAAAUUCAAAAGAUUAAAUAUUGCAUACUAAAUUUCCUGAUCUCUUCGCAGUGUCGAGUCAAUCAGCCUCACUGUCGGUGGUGCCAUGGUAAUGAUGUAUAAAGUAAUGUCCAUGUGUGGUGUGCUGUAUGUGCCGGUGUCCCAUCUCUGUACUGAGCGUCACAUGUCUGUGUUAGUAUCUGCUGAGUGACACGUAGGGAUGAAUAAAGAUAUAGUUGUGGUUGUGGUAAAGAAUUCAAAAUGGCUGACCUCAGGGCUUCAUGACUAACUGCUGUACAAUAUAUCCACUAACUGAUUAAUAAAAACACACUAAAUAUACUUGUGUAACCUUAUCCGGUGCUAACAAACCAAUGUAAAAGUGAUACUAGACUUGUGUGUUAUUGGCAGGUCAUCAAACUAACGGUCAUUUAUUGGUCAUAUAAUGCAGAAGUUGUACCGCUGAAAACACAGGUUCACGUUUUUUAACACAUGUACAGGCACCAAUUGCAAAGAUUGAUUGAACGAGUAAUAGAGAUAAUUUCUUUCUGUUCUGUAACGGUGGCAGCUGGAUGGAGGAUGCGUGUAUGUGCAUGUAAUGCUAACAUCGGAAUGAAGUGUGUAAAAUUACUGGUGUAUGCAGGACCAAAUAACUUUUAAAAGUGUGUGUAAAAGGUUGAUGUACAAGGUUGUGUAAAUGUGUCUUCAUUAAAACUUGCCACAUGUGGGUGCUCUAUCAAA